CCAACACAUUGUAAGGCCGCUACCUCUUGCCACGCGGGCUCAGCGCGUGCACAAGUAGGUCCCACACAAGCAUGCAUCUUCAAUCGAAUAAGGCGUCGCGAGUAUUGGCGACGUCUUUGUAGGCACGUGCCUUCCAGAUGAUCUCCGUUGUGACCUUCACGGUCAGAUGCCCAGCGACUGAUGGCGGGGCACGUACGUCAGUUCAUUUCAUACUUCCAAAUUUCCAAACACAAGACCUUUCAUGCUUUCAUCUCGCAAUUCUCAGCAUGGGUUAUGCGAUACUUUUUGAUUUGAUAAGACUGAAUUCAGACGAGUUCAAUUGUCCCUGCCGUUUCUGUUGUUACUCUCCGUUUCUGGCCCGUCGAUUGGGCCUCUUUACAUGGAUCAUCUUUCUAAAACUCGAGUUUCACUUCUUGCCGGCCAUGGUUACGAGUACUGAAAUGCUGCGAAUUGUACGAUACAAUGUUACGAUAGUCCAGAACAUGUUGUGGAGCGCUGCGUACAUUCGCUCUCUAUAUAUUCUUUCUUCACUAAGCCACCACCAGGACUAUACUGACCGUGGCAAGUUCCCAAACAAAAUAGAGUAUAUAUUGCAUGCAUUGUCUAGGGAUCCCUGUUACUACUACUCUCUCGCUAAAUGUCCCUUGGCUAUUCGUCUCGUAACAACAUUCACAUGCAAAGCUGACCAACACUACUACCAUAGGAGCAUGCACACGGGAAUUUAUCAGCCGACAUGUUCACACUGUCUCCUCAAGCCUUGACAUCUCGCCGCAAAGGCUGGUUGCCCAACAUUGACAUGGUUCCCUGCCCAGACUGAUUGAUUUUAGAUGAUUUCGCAACGGAGCCAGACGUCCGCUUCCAUUUUCCGUGCCACGCCUGAUGAAUACUGGCAAUAUGGUGUUGAGAAGCUAGUCACAUUUACAUGUUAGAGUAGGGAUUUCAUCUUGGUAUGAGACACUGCCAACCCAGAGUCUAUGAUCGCGGAUAUGUUUAUAAGGACCCACGGCAUGCUCUGCAUGAUAUUUGUACAACUCAACGAUCAUCAUGCUGCAUUUUUACCCAGCUAUGCGGUCCAAGAC